UCGUAAUUCAAUAUCCGAAAUUAUCUUCCCUCUUCUUCUUCCUUAGCGCUCUGUGAAACCCUAGAUCGUAAUUCAAUUUCCGACGACCAUGGCGAUCGCCAGAACCGGAGUUUUUGUCGAUGAUUACUUGGAAUAUUCGAGCACUUUGCCUGCUGAGCUUCAGAGGCUUCUUAACACUAUUAGAGAGCUCGAUGAGCGUUCACAAGGAAUAAUAAAUCAGACUAGGCAGCAGACCAAUUACUGCCUAGGAUUAGCAUCUCAGAGUCAGGGAUCAAGGAAAUAUAAUUAUGAUGAUGAUGAGGCUUUUGAGAAGUUGAGGAAGGAGAUUGAAGGAAACCAGGACAAUGCCUUAAGCCUUUGCACUGAAAAGGUUUUACUUGCUCGUCAAGCUCAUGAUAUUAUAGAUAGCCACAUCAAGCGCUUAGAUGAAGAUCUUACUAACUUCUCUGAAGAUCUUAAGCAAGAGGGAAAGCUACCUGCUGAUGAACCUCCUAUCCUUCCUCCAUUACCUUUGGUCCUUAAGACAGAGAAGCGCAAAGCACCAUAUGUAACACCCCAAUCAAAGAAGUUUGAGUACAGGGACUGGGAUUGGGACCGAGAACGUGACAGAGAUUAUGAUCUUAUGCCGCCUCCUGGAAGUCAUAAGAAAGAUUUUGCUUCUCCUGUUGAUGUUGAACAACCCAUUGAUCCAAAUGAACCCACCUACUGUGUGUGCCAUCAGGUAUCAUUUGGAGAUAUGAUUGCCUGCGACAAUGAAAAUUGCCAAGGAGGUGAAUGGUUUCAUUAUACAUGUGUUGGACUCACACCAGAGACGAGAUUUAAAGGGAAGUGGUACUGUCCGACAUGUAGACAAUUACCACAUUGAUUACUACAAGUACACCGCCUUCUAUUUGUGCUGCAACUCCUUCCACAUACAUUUUUUGAAGGGAUCUUUUGUAUGUUAAGCACCCUUGGUGUCAUGUUUCGAUUAAGAAAUGUACCAUGUACCUAUUUGGGUACUGGUCAUUUUUGGUGCCUUAGAUAUGUGAAAAAGGAGAGAGCAGAAAAAAAGGGUGGUCGGAGAAAUGUGUUGUCUGUUUGGUAAUAUCUCAUGAUCCCUGUUUUGUAUUUACAGGAUGAAACUGUUUUGUACAUGUACAAGUAUAUAUCAGAGGGAUCAUAUUUUCUAGAAACUGCAUAA